AUGAUGCCACCAAAAGCUGCCGACGGCGAAUUGAUGCUUGAUGGAACUUCUGCAAGACCAUGCCACCGCACCGCCACACCCCCUCCAUCUGCUAUGUCAGCUGAAGGCAACGCACAAGUUUACAGAAAGCGAGGCAGACUGGGCUUUGGUUCGGGGGCUGAGACUUGCGAGACCAAUGUACCACAAAGGAAGCGCUCUGUACGCUUCGAAGGCUGCGGAGACUAUCUGAGCAUGGACGAUCAGCUAGAUGGUGUCAACGAUGGACCUGAUGGCAUCCUUCCACCCGCUGAUGAUGGCGUGCCUAUCAACGGAUCACAUACCAGAGAGUCGAGUGCCCGCUCUCAGAGGACUACACAACGGCUGGAGGCCCUCACCGCAAAGCUCAGCCUUACCACUGGAACGGACACUGUUGUCCAUCGUGCCAAGUCAAAAGCAGCUCCGAACAUGCCGUUCCUGGACACUUCGAUUGAGCCGUUGCACUAUCAGAAUAAUCACGCUGACCACUUCUCACCGGAGACCGCUUCAUCUGUGACGAGUUCCCUCCCAGACAUGAGUUCAAUGUGGUCCCCAGCCAGCACGACAUCAACCAGAGCCACCUCUUUCACGUCGCUCGGUACACCAUCGUCAGGCUCGAGGCACAAACGCACGACUCCUGAAGAUUGCCAGUUCACGGGCAAGAACAUUGGGAACGCAGACGAGAAUGCUUUGCCGCCAAUCGAAGAGGACGUCGGACGGUAUCUGCACAUCCCGGUGCAAGAAACAGUCGUCGACAUACAGCCUUCCAUCAUGACAGUCGAGAACGCUGCGGCUGCAAAGUGUGCGCUUGAGACAUACCACAGUACAUUGAUGGAAGAAUCAUCGCCACGAUCGAUACGACGCAAGAAGUUCGAGCAAAGAAUGUGCGAUGUUGGCAUGCCCUACGAUGAAAGAAACACGGCUCGCCAGGCCUGGUUCAAGGCAGAGAGCGAUCAUCUUCGUCAAGUCAGAGUGCUCAAUGCCUCGUCAAUCCAGCGACACAACACGAAAGGCAUAUCGAUUGCUGGGUACGACACUGUUCGAAUCCUCGGUAAGGGAAGUUUCGGUAUCGUUCGUCUAGUCACGGAAGGUCGACCCGAGUCGUUGCCCAACGGCGAUGACAAGAGUGAUGAUCAUUAUGGAGAGAAGAGUCGCAGAUCCAGUAGCGCGGCCUUCAACGAAGGCGUUGCAAAGAGGAACCUCCCGACCGGCAAGCCAUUGCCAGAUGUCUACGCCAUGAAGGUCAUCCGCAAGUCUGACAUGCUUCGUGCCAGCCAGGAAGGCCAUCUUCGUGCCGAGCGAGACUUUUUGGUCGCCUCAGAAGGCUCCCGCUGGGUCGUGCCGCUUGUCGCCAGCUUUCAGGACAACACCAACCUCUACCUGGUCAUGGAAUACAUGAUCGGAGGCGACUUCCUUGGUCUCCUGCUGCGCGAGGAUGUCUUGGAAGAAAGUGUUGCCAGGUAG